GAAAAACAGAGGCUGUCAUCAAAAACUUCAGCCCGCACUACAGACGCCAGUACGCGGUGGCUUUCUGCAAGCACGUGCAAGAUGAGCUGGAGCAGCACCGGGAUUCCCAGUCCCAGUUCCUGAAAACCAAGCCUCCGGCAGAAGCUGGGACGGUCUUGUACGAGGCAGAGGUGCUGCAUUUUGCCGAGGAUCUGAAGAAGUGGAAGGACAGAUAUGUUGUUAUCAAAAAUGACUACACUGUGGAUUGCUUUGAGACUAAAGAGGCCUACCAGAAAGGAGCCAGCCCUAAAUACCAUGUUCUUCCUGCAGGAGGCAAAGUACUGACUUCAGAAGAUGAUUACAAUUUGCUGUCUGAUAAACAUUUUCCAGAUCCUGUUGGGUCGAGUGAGAAGGAGGUCGCUCAAGCCUUCGUUCAGCUGCCAAGGGAGUUCCCAGUUUACCUGUGGCAACCCUUCGCCCGACACAGCUACUAUUGCUUCCCGGAGCCAGAAGCUCAGAGGCAGUUCAGCGCCAUGCUGGGGGACUGCGUGAGACACUCAAACCACGAUUUUCUCAAGCAGACCACGUAUGAAGUCGAGGCAUUCUUAGAAGCCAUUCAGUUCUUCCGUCAGGAGAAAGGCCACUAUGGGACAUGGGAAAUGAUAACUGGCAAUGAAAAAGAGAUCCUGAGCAACCUUGUGAUGGUGGAACUCCUGCCUAACCUUCAGACGAUGAUCCUGCCUAAAAUGAAAGGAAAGAGGAAUGAUAGGAAGCGGGCCUGGUUUGGUAUUGUAGAAGAAACUUACGGCUUAGUCCAGCAGCAGGUGUCAGAAGGAUUAAGUACCUUGAAAGAAGAAUGCAGAGAUUUUGCAAAAACUCUUGAAGGAACCAUUCGCUCGGACAUGGAUCAGAUUCUGAACUCCAAGAACUUCUUAGCUGGAAAAAUCAAAGCCACCGUUUCUGAGCCUGCCCAGAAGUGCUGCACAGAAAAUAUCCAGCCAUUUCUCGCAUCCAUAUUGGAGGAGCUCAUGGGUCCAGUGAGUUCUGGAUUCACUGAAGUCCGCUCACUUUUUGAUAAAGAAGUUAAUGAAAUCAUCCAGGACUUCCAGAAGACAAAUGAUAUCAUGAAGCUAAAGGAGAAUGUGGAUCAGCUUGUGAACCUACCAUUCAACUCUGUGAAAAUGGAGCCUUGCUAUCUGAAAGUAAACCUCCUUCAGGAGCUCCUUCAAGACCUCAAGAGUCGCUUCAAAGUCUAUCACAUUGAUUUUGUGAUUCAGAGGACACAGAACUUCAUGCAAGAGCUGAUGGAAAAUGCAGUUUAUACUUUUGAGCAGUUGUUCUCUCCAAGUCGACAGGCAGACUCAGCAAAACUUGCAACAACCAUUGAAAAAGUCAAGCUGAGAGUACUGAAGCAAUAUGAUUAUGACAGCAGCACUAUCCGGAAGAAGAUAUUUCAAGAAGCACUGGUACAGAUCACUUUGCCCACAAUGCAAAAGACACUGGCUUCAACGUGCAAACCGGAGCUGCAGAAAUACGAGCAGUUCAUUUUUGCUGAUUACACUAGCGUGAUCCAAGUAGAGAAUGUGUAUGAAGAGAUUUUAUAUCAGACACUGCUUGAAGAAACCCUGAAAGUGAUAAAAGAAGCUGCCAUUAUGAAGAAGCACAACCUCUUUGAAGAUAACUUGAAUUUACCCUGUGAAAGCGUGUCCAGCUUAACGGACCUGAAGACCCCUUCAGGAUCAGCACAAACCACUCCCGCAAAGAAGCCUUCCACCGCCCGAGCCGAGACCUCAGACACUGAAACUCAAAGUGAGGAAACGCUCAUUGUGACGGAAAAAAUUUCUUGGGAGAAGGAUGCUGAUGAUAGAAAGUCAGCAGGCAAAAAGGCAGUCACUUCUGUUAAUACAGCUGGUGAUCAGGCAAGCAAAAGUGAAGAAGUGGUCAUUACAGACAUCAGUGAAGUCCAGGAAUCCCUUCCAGCUACCCUUACAAAACAAGAAGUUGCAGAGGGAAAAAUAGUUUUGGAAAGUGAAGACAUGGUGAAAGCCGAGCAUAUAGUGAACACUGAGGAAGAGCUUAAGGCACAACAAGAAGCUGUGGAGAAAGAAAUAGCUCCUGGGACUGAAACCACAGUGAAGGAUUUUGGAGCCAGCACUAAAAAAGAAUUUAAGGUACAUGAAGGAUCAGUGGAGGAAAAGGUAAUUUCUGAGAGUCAAACAGCAACGGGUGCUGCGAUUGUCAGUGGCACUGAAAAAGAAAGCAAAGCACAGGAAGAAGUUGCUGAGAUAAAGCUGACUUCCCCAUAUGAUGCAGCAAAAGCAGGGAUUUUAGGGAAUGCUGAAAAGAAAAUCAAGGUAGAAAAAGAAUUAUCUCAGAGUGAAAAUGUAGUAGGGACAGGGUGUGAAGAGGAUAGUAAAAAAGAAAGCAAUGACCAAGGAGCGAGUACUGAGACAAGGGUUAUUUCCCAGGAUGAAAACACAGGGAAAGGAGAGUUUGGGGAUAAUCCUGAAAAAGAAAGCAAGUCAGAAGAGAGUUUUAAACCCCCUGAUGAUGUGAAUGAGAUAAGGAGUUUGCUGAUGGUAACAGUUGAGAUACCAGCAGGUACUCCAGCUGAGAACAUAAAGGAGAUUUGUGAAGGUGAGAUCUUAAAGUUGCAGGAGCACAGUAAAGAGAAUGAUGAAUUGAACAAAGUGGCUGCGGCAGAAAUUCAAGUAAGCCAGACGAUGAUGAAUAAAGAUGCAGCAGAAUGCGUGGAGUUCAAGGAGGACCAACCAUCUUCAUCUAGUUUGGGGACGUAUGGUACGAAUUUAGAGAAUGCGUCCAAGGGGGCCUGCGAUACGGCACAAGCUGAACGGCUGGUGGAAAGCUCAGAUACGCCUCAGGAGGCGAAGGCAGGGGUGGGUACCAAGCAAAGCGCUUGGUACACAGAAGUGGGAAGCUGCGGAAGUGCUAGAUUGCAGCCAGAGGAACGCACUGAAAAUGUGUCUGAAGGCAAAAGAUUAGACGGGGAGGAAGGAGGAGUGGGGAAUAGCCAUGCUGUCCCGGUGGAGGUGGGGACUGAGAGCUUUUUACAUAAUCGUGCUGAAAAUGCAGACACAACACAAGUGCCAAUUUUGGGUACAGAAAACCCAAGAACAGGACUGCUAGACAUGCCAGUUUCUUCAGUGCUGGAGCAGGGCGAGUUUAGCGCCAUAGAGGUCACAGGAGAUGCAGCGGCUG